AUGUCGAUGAGAUACCUCGUCAUGUCAGCUGCUGUAGAUAGUGCACGGAAGAGGUGCAGCUGUGGCAGCUCCAAAUGGCAGAACUUGAGCACCAAAUGCCUGAACUUAAAGUGCGGUUGUUUCAAGGCUGGUGUGCAUUGCAUGCAUGGGCGAUGCAAGUGCAAGGGCUGCGAGAACAAUCCGUAUGACCUGGCCUAUGAGGGUGGCAAGGGGUGCACGUGCAAAUCCAACAAAUGCAAAAUCAUGACCUGUGGUUGCCGGGAGCGCGGGGCCAGGUGCACCUUAGAAUGCAGUUGCCAAGGGUGCGAAAAUGGAAAAGGGACCGGAGGGGAAUCAGCCGAUAAGUCCAAUGCUGGACCAGGCGGGCAGGGAGGUACCAUCAGCAGCGGCGAGGCCGUCGAACCGUCCAGCAAACGGCCAAAACUCAAGGAAUUGUUGCCCUCAUCGGUUGUCGUCCAUACUCGUUCUUAUGCAUACAUACUUGCUGCAAAUGAUUUCUCUCUUAUAAACUUUAGGAAUUUUCUGGUGGUGUUUGUAAUCCAAACUGGUAUGCGUAGACAAAGAGGCCCUGGUGGCAUUGUUUCCGCAUUGCGUUACAUAUUCUCAUGA